AUGGAGAGUGGACACAAGUUUCAGGCAAGUGCCUUUGAAAACUCUUCAACUGCCUUGUCAGUGGAACCAGUUUACAGGAAUCACCAAUGGUGUCCAAGUCUGUUGAAGAAGAUGUAUAUGCCUGUCAUGAGGGGUCUUGAGCGCAAUCAUGGUUUUGCCAGCUUUGAAGAGAACAGCAAUUAUUUCCCUAAAUUCUAUCUAUUCACCCCUCCAGUAGAGGUAAAUUACCCUUUAUUUCCACACCAGGGUGUUGUGCCUUUAAUGGAUCCCUGCUCAGGUUUUGUGAAUCCAGCAGCAGGUGCUGAACAGCAGUCCAGUGUUGGAAGAGCUAUUGAAUCCCUGGCAGACUACAGUGAUAGGAAACCUCACCACAUCCCCAUCACAGGGGAGAGAGCCCAGCCUGACCACGGGAGACCUCCUGGAGGAAACCAGGCAGGACAGAAGGCGGAAGUCCAGGGCAUGACAAAGAGGUACGAGUCAGCAAUUUUUAAUGAGAAUUCUAAUGCCAAAAAGACCCAAAACAACUUUGAAGCUUACAAAGGAGUUCCUUGAGAUAAUAUGUUUUCUUCCAAAAUACAGCCUCCAAAAUCAACAGUGGAGAUGUUGGCUGAUCCUGUUUUCCAGUGUCUCACAAAAAGACAAUACAAUCCCAAACACAAAAUAAGCCAAUUCAAUGGACAAUUUCUUCCAAACUUGCUGGUCCCACUUAACCAUGUGCAAACUUCAAAGCAUUACUACACAAGCACUGCACACACUCCAAAUAUUCCUGGAUACACUGGCAAGGUUCAUUGGUCAGCAACUCACCCAGCAAAUUCUAAUCUUCCAUCAACAGUCCCAUCAGUAAUUGCAGGAAUGCAUGGGUAG